AUAUAUAUUCUCGGUCCUGGAAACAUCGGGUCUUUUCUUGCGCAUUCUUUGAGAUCUGUUCCAGCUCCGCCACCCGUAACUCUCCUCUUUCAUCGGCCGAAAUUUGUCACACAGUGGAAGAAAGCGAACGAGACCAUUUCUCUAAGGACAGACGGCAUAAUUGAGCAUUGUAAAGGGGUGGAGGGACGACUUAUUCGAUCAGCAAAUGGCUCUCCUUCCACGGCCCACGGCAAUCAAGAAUCGCGAGCAUCAAACGAAUCAAAUUUAGGCGCAGACGAUCCCAUUUACAAUCUUGUUGUGACUGUCAAGGCAUCAAAUACGGUGGCCGCGCUGAAUCGAGUCAAGCAUCGCUUGCGCCCAGAGUCAACGAUAUUAUUUUUACAGAAUGGGAUGGGUGUGCUGGAUGAUGUUAACAAGACUAUAUUUCCUGAUAUUGAGCAUCGCCCAAACUAUAUUCAGGGUAUCGUUUCUCAUGGUAUAUUUGCAAGCCGUGCCUUUUCCAUUGUCCAUGCUGGCCCUGGUACCAUUGCCCUUGGCAUUCUUCCUAGGCAUCCUGUCGCCCGUCAGCAAAAUCCUCGAAUCAACCUUGAUCAAAAGCACAGUGAACAAUGGGCCCCCAGUUCUCGCUAUCUCCUGCGGGCGCUGACACGCGUUCCUAAGCUCGCUGCUGCCGGUUUCCCACCCGCCGAUCUUUUACAAUUGCAAUUGGAAAAGCUCGCGGUCAAUGCAAUCAUAAAUCCUCUGACGGUACUCUUUGACUGCCGAAAUGGGGAUAUACUUCAUAAUUUUGCUUGCACAAGGGUUAUGCGGCUUCUCAUAUCUGAGAUAUCGCUGGUCAUUCGAUCACUCCCCGAGCUUCAGGGGAUUCCGAAUGUCAACCUCCGAUUCGCGCCCGAUCGCUUGGAGAAGAUGGUUUUUAGCAUUGCUCGGAAAACUUCCUCCAAUUAUAGUUCAAUGCUGCAGGACAUUCGGCUCGGAAAAGGAACCGAGAUUGAUUAUAUCAAUGGUUAUAUCGUGAAGCGCGGUGAAGAGAUUGGGGUCAGAUGCUUGAUGAACUAUAUGCUACAGCAGAUGAUCAAGGGGAAGCAACAAAUAAAGAUGCGGGAGACUGUAGGAUACGUUCCCUUAGAUAGUGUAAGAAACCCGGGCCUAAAGGAUGAAAGCAAUUAA